AUGUCAUGGGUCCGGCAUCCUCUCGAAUUGGAAGAGCAUGCCAUUGAUGAGAUGCCCAACUUGAAAGUCGCGGUCAUUGGAGCAGGAAUUGCCGGUAUCAAUGCUGCGAUUCUGUUGCCUGCAAAGGUUCCUGGGCUGGAAUUGGUAAUUUACGAGCGCGAGGAGGACAUAGCUGGAGUUUGGCAUCAGUGCACUUACCCGGGGGUUCGAUGCGACGUUCCCUCGCACGUCUAUCAAUCCACUUUUGCGCCGUCAAGAGAGUGGUCGCAGCACUACGCCACUGGUGCUGAGAUCAAGGCUUAUUGGUCUCAGGUCGCUGAAAAGUAUGAUGCCAGAAAGUAUAUCAAGUGUGGCCAUGAAGUUUUGUCUGCGCAAUGGCACGAGCAAAAAUCCAAAUGGGAAGUGACUGUUAAGCACCUGGGAAGCACACUACAUGAGGAGGCCGACUUCGUUAUACUGGCUACGGGCAUAUUCAGCCACCCCAAGCUUCCAAGCUACCCGGGACUAUCAGACUACGAUGGGCACGUCAUCCACAGCUCGCGAUGGAAUCCAGACAUUGACUUAACCGGCGCGGCCGUCGCAAUCAUCGGAAACGGCUCGUCCGGUAUCCAAGUACUGCCGCAGCUGCAGAAGAUCGUAUCGAGGAUUGAUCAUUAUGCUCGCAGUCCAACGUGGAUAUCCGGAAACUUCGGUGUAGAGAACAUUAAUCCUGGAGAUGCAGUCCCCGAUGACGUGCAAGCCUCGUUCGCCGACCCGGAGACGUAUCUGCGGUACCGCAAGGAAAUUGAGAAUCGUUCGUUUAGCUCAUUCGGGGGCAUCAUGAAAGACGGCAUCAAAUCCAAGCAGGCAGAAGCGCGAUUCAUAAAACUGAUGAAAGACAAGCUCGGAGAGCGAACAGAUAUCCUUGAGGCCAUUCAACCCGAUUUCCCGCCCAGCUGCAGACGGCUCACCCCUGGGCCAGGAUAUUUGGAGGCCAUCACAGAACCUACUGUCGAAUACAUCAGAACUUCUAUCGAACGAGUGACCAGGACUGGGAUUCGCACAGUCGAUGGCACGGAGCGAUCUGUGGACGCUAUCGUCUGUUGCACGGGAUCGGAGAAGUCGAUGGCGCCUCCAUUCCCCGUCAUCAAGGACGGAGUUGACCUUUCGCUUGCUUGGAGACCAGAGGGCAGCAUUGGAUUUCCACAUACAUAUAUGGGUAUUGCAGCGCCUGGAUUUCCCAACCUCCUUUUCAUCAACGGGCCUCAGACGAGUGCCGCGACGGGCACGAUCAUCUUUUCAACCGAGAUCCAGCUUACGCUGGCGGCCAAGAUAUUGCGCAAGGCACAAUCCCAGGGUAUCAGGACUAUGAUGCCGACCGUGCAAGCGACAGAAGAUUUCCGAGCCUAUUGUGACGCCUACUUCCCCCGCACGGUUCUAAGCGAGAAUUGCACCUCGUGGUUCAACGGUGGUAUCAAGGGAGGCCGACCAAUCGCCAACUGGCCCGGCAGCGGCUCACACGCCAACAUGGUUAAACGAGAACCUCGCUGGGAGGACUGGGAGUACAGCUAUUGGUCUUCCACAGGAAACAGGUUCGCGUACUUCGGAAACGGGUGGACGCUCAAAGAUCAGGUGCUGGAUCGGGGUGGUGAUGCUGACAUGACGCCGUACCUGCAAGUGAAAUCUGUGACGGGGGACGUGGAUCUCAAGUCAUAUCACGAAGCGUGGUUUGAGGUCUGA